AGGCUGGUCGGAGGGGCCCCGGGCUGGGUGGGGACUCGGUGCGGGAGCGGCGCCUACGGCGGGCGGGCGAGCGGGCGGCGGUGUGCGGCGCCGUUGAGGGCGCUGCCCCGCGCGCUCCCAGGCCGCCCCGGGUCCUGGGCUCUUCCUUCGAAGGAGGAGCAGUGCCCGGGACCGAAGAGCGGGGGCACACGGGGGCGCUGCCAGGGCUCGAGCCCGACGCGGUAUCUCGAGUGGCGAGUUGGCGCCCCGGCUCGGGGACUGAGGCUUGGGCGCAGCCUGCCUGAGUGGAGAUCCGGGUUUGCCUCCCGCCCUCGCUCAGGCCCCUGACGCGGGUGAGGCGGCCCCGGGAGCAUGAGCGGGCAGCGCGUGGACGUCAAGGUGGUGAUGCUGGGCAAGGAGUACGUGGGCAAGACGAGCCUGGUGGAGCGAUACGUGCACGACCGCUUCCUGGUGGGGCCCUAUCAGAACACCAUCGGGGCCGCCUUCGUGGCCAAGGUGAUGUCCGUCGGAGACCGGACGGUGACUUUGGGUAUUUGGGACACGGCAGGCUCUGAGCGCUACGAGGCCAUGAGCCGAAUCUACUAUCGGGGCGCCAAGGCUGCCAUCGUCUGCUAUGACCUUACGGACAGUAGCAGCUUUGAGCGGGCAAAGUUCUGGGUGAAGGAACUGCGCAACCUAGAGGAGGGCUGUCAGAUCUACCUCUGUGGCACCAAGAGUGACCUGCUAGAGGAGGACAGGCGGCGUCGCCGUGUGGACUUCCACGACGUCCAGGAUUACGCUGACAAUAUCAAAGCUCAGCUGUUUGAAACAUCCAGCAAGACAGGCCAGAGUGUGGACGAGCUCUUCCAGAAAGUGGCAGAGGAUUACGUCAGUGUGGCUGCCUUCCAGGUGAUGACAGAGGACAAGGGCGUGGACCUGGGCCAGAAGGCAAACCCCUAUUUCUACAGCUGUUGUCAUCACUGAGUCAUCACUCAUCUGGCCUGGGGGAAUUAAAGGAAUUCCUCCAGAGGGGCUGGACCUAGCUCUUUCCCGGGCUUGGGUGGUCAAGCGCCUGAGCUACCCCAGGUCCCCGUGGCAGCAGAGGUGUCACCUGCCUGUGCUGGCCCAGGGAAGAGAGGCAGCAUUGGGCUGACUGAUGGGCAUGAGGAGGGUAAGGGCUGAUUUGGACCUCAGGCCUCUGCCCUGGACAGCACUUGUGUCUGCAGCUUACUUAAGUGGCUUCUGAUUUGUAAAUAAAAUCAAUGCACUGUGAAUCUCA